AUGUUCUACAAUGGAUGUGUUUUGAGGUAUUCAAAUGAGAAUUACUUCUCAAGGUUGAGUGAACAACCAUCCAUUAAUUUAUUGGGUGGAGUUAAAAGCAAAGUAAACCAAAGUCAAUUUAUAGACAUAGUAACUGGAUUACUAGAUGAUUUAGUGGUGGAAGCUGUAACUAAUAGUUCCAUUAGUCCUUCUUUAUAUGCUACGCGUUCAGCAAAUUACACGAGGUUUGAUGAUGUUUAUGCAAUGGUUCAGUGUACACCAGAUUUGACACCGAGUUUAUGCAAUAGAUGUCUUAGAUCAGCUGUUGGGAGAUUAUCAACAUGUUGUUCUGAAGUACAAGGGGCAAGAGUUCUUUUUCCAAGCCGUACUUUCAGAUUUGAGUAUGCGCCUUUUCACGGGAAUUAUAUGCAUGCAACUCCAACUAUUGGAGCAUCACCUCCGAUUCUUCAACCCCCGUCAAAUACAACUAAUAACUAUAUGGACCAAGAUAUUCAAAGUGCAGAAUCAUUGCAGUUCAAUUUCAAUAUGAUAAGUGAUGCAACUAAUAACUUCGCUGAGGCUAAUAAGCUUGGAGAAGGUGGAUUUGGCCCUGUUUAUAAGGGUACACUAAGUGAUGGACAAGAAAUAGCUGUGAAAAGACUUUCCAAAAGUUCAGGUCAAGGUGAUCAGGAGUUUAAGAAUGAAGUGUUAUUAUUAGCUAAACUUCAACACAGGAAUCUUGCAAGACUAUUAGGUUUUUGUUUACAUGAACAAGAGAAACUACUCGUGUACGAGUUGAUGAACGCCAGUCUUGAUCAUUUCAUAUUCGUUCAAUUAUUGGAUAUGAAUGUAUGUAGAUACUGUGAAUGGACGUAUAUUCUGGACUGGGAAAUACGAUACAAGAUUGUUGGAGCAAUUGCUAGAGGCCUCCUUUAUCUUCAUGAGGAUUCUCGAGUCAGGAUUAUUCAUCGAGAUCUCAAAGCUAGCAAUAUAUUAUUAGCGGAAAAUAUGACUCCAAAAAUUUCAGAUUUUGGCUUGGCCAGGCUCUUUGUGGUAGAUCAAACUCAAGCUAACACCAUCAGAAUAGCAGGGACACUUGGAUAUAUGGCUCCAGAAUAUGCAUUACAUGGACGUUUCUCUGUAAAAUCAGACGUUUUCAGUUUUGGUGUCUUGGUUCUGGAGAUUCUCAGCGGAAAGAAGAACACUUCGUUUUAUGAAUCCAUAGCAGGUGGUGCACAAGAUCUUCUGACUUAUGCAUGGAGACAUUGGCAAGAUGGUUCAGCCAUGGAACUAUUAGAUCCAAGUUUAAACGAGAAUUGUUCCACAUUGCCCUACUAUUUGUUCAAGACAGUAUUGCAGAUAGACCGACAAUGGACUCGGUUAUUCUAA